UCUCACAGGACGUCAAUAAAAAAAAUUAAAAUUAAAAAAGAAAAAUAAAAUGAUUAUUACAGGAAAAUAAAGAAAAACGACGGCCGCGAGCCUUUUGCCCUCUUUGGUCUUUCCCUCGUCAAAUUCACCGAUUUCGAUCCGCAUCUCCCUCCGAUUCCUGCUCCAAGUCCCGGAUCCACGACCGUGUUCUGUCCCCCCCUCGUUCGCCGCCCUCGAUUCUUGCCCAUUUGACCUCCCCUCCAAGGGCGUGCCAUUUCUUCUAGGGUUUCGGUUUUCCGUCCCUUGUUUUGAUCUCGAUUUCGAUCUGGAUCUCCACCAUCUGUUGCACCAGUAGAUUCUCUCAUCCACCUGCUGUAGUCGCCCUCUAGCGAUUUGUCCUGUUAGGUCUGAAUACCUCCUCUUCCGUUUAACCUUGCUUUGGACUUUGUAGCUUUUCCCCUGUUGUAAUUUGAGAUCGUCCUUGCAUUUGCGGGAUCGUAAUCAGGUUGCUUCUAUUCGGGUUAAAGAUGGUAUUUAACCAUAAUGAUCAGUCUCUUGCUGAUCACAUGGCUGACCAAUUUUCUUGUGAAGAUGUAAGACAUUUGGCUUGUGAUGAUCAACAUCCACCAUUUAAUGAAGAUUCUCGGUGUGAAUCUAUCCCUACCAAAUCACCAGCUUCAGGCAACACCAGUGAAAUGCCAUCAGGCAAUGGCAAACGACCUCUUUGUGGUGAUGGGGCUUGCCUCGCUGCAAACAAGCGCUCGAAGCAAGCGAACCACAAUGUGCAAUCGAGUUCAUUUGAAGAAAUUGGCUUCAGUGCCUCUGAAGAGAUGCCAGCAGUUGCUGCUGAGGACUUAAAGUUGAAGGGUCAAGGAACUGCUCCUGUCACUGAGGACCUUGCUAUUCAGGCAACUUGCAGCCACUGGUUCACACAGGGUACUAGCCAAGAAAUUGGUUUGGACCCACAUGUUAGGCUGCCUUCUUAUCCUAGUUACUUUGGAGAUUCUUGUCAAGUAGCCAAGUUUGAUGAGGAUGAAGAGAUCUUUUCACCUGAUUUUAAUUAUUUCAAACAGAAGCAUGUUGCUAUUGGAAUGGAUCAUCAGGCUGAUAUUCCAGAGUUACGAUCCCAUGAAUUUAAGAACCAUAUAAGGGAUUAUCAUGAUUGUUCUCCUCCACUGACCCCAGUGACAAGUUCAUCAUCAUGUGAUGAUCUUAUAAUUGAUGGAGGUGUCAGUGAUAAAUGGCUUGGGGCACCUGUAAUGCCUAUGCCUGAUUCUACUUUAUUGGCUUCAGAUGGUGUAGUCUUACACCAUAAUACAGACUGUAGCUGCCCAGAUGAGGGUUCAAUCAGAUGCCUGAGACAGCAUGUGAUGGAAGCUAGAGAAAAGCUUAUGCGAAAACUGGGGCAGGAGAGGUUUGUGGGCUUGGGUUUCGGUGAUAUGGGUGAGGUUGUAGCUCAAAAAUGGACUGAAGAGGAGGAACAACUAUUCCAUGAAGUUGUGUUGUCAAAUCCUGCAUCACUGGGCAAGAAUUUCUGGGAGAAACUGCCUCAGGUGUUUCCUGCUCGAAGUAGUAAAGAACUAGUAAGCUACUAUUUUAAUGUAUACAUGUUGCGAAAGCGGGCUGCACAGAAUAGGUUGGAACUGCUUCAUGUAGACAGCGAUAAUGAUGAAUGGCAAGAAAGUGAUGAUGCUGAAUUUGCAACGGAAGAGGAAGAUGAAAUAGAUUCUGUGGUGGAUUCUCCUCUUGCAGAUGAAGGUGCUGUUUCUGGUGAAGAAGAUGAUCCUGAGGAAGCAGGUAUAACGGAAAAAAUUGAUGAUAUAGAGGAUUCCGAUUAUUGCACCUUUUCUAGGCCAAAUGAAAAAUGGUCCUGGCAUGAUGUGAAAGGAUGUACUACUGGUGAGUCGAACCUUUUUUCUAGCGUGCAGUUUACCAGAAGCAAUUCGAACCAUUGUUCUGAGGAGCAAGACAUUCAGGACCAUUCAUGCACAUCCUAUGAGGGUCAGCACAAUGUAGCUGAUAUCUGUGAUCCUGUUGAUAUUUUUCACUUCCAGCGUGGCUUGAUUGGGGACCAUGAAAACUUGCAUAAAGAGUAUCAGAACAAUGGUUUUAGUGGGUUAACAGAUAACAGUUUCUUCUGUGGUCAUCACAACCUAAAAGCUUGGGACUUGAGUUAUAGCUCUGGAACAGAGAAAGAGGACUUCCUAUCAACAUGCGAUGUGAUAGAUGAGGUAUUUGGAGAAGAACCUUGGGAAAGUGAAAACCUGUCAUAGUUUAUGGUGACCCCAAUUUGUCUUGGGUACUUGCUUCCUUGCUUCACCUUAUGUUGCCCGCUAUGACACAUCUGACUGCACCAGAGUUUCUGAAGUUACUUAGUCUAUGAUUAGGGUGUACUGGAUGGUCGAAACUGUCCCAUGCUCUUGUGAAGUAGGUAAUGACUGGUGCUUUUACAAUGAAACAAAGAUUGCCAUACUGAAAGUCAUAUCUAUUGGGCUGUAUCGGAGGAAUAAAAGUUAGUUGGAACUGGCAGCAUUUAUGGUCAGAUUCUGCAUCUAUAUAUUUGUUUCGUCUAUGAAGAUAUAUUUUCUCAUAUGUCCUCAAUUUAUACAAAUUCUUUCUUCUCUGGCAUCAUCUUGUUUCCUUUGUGAUGUGCGUAAACAGCAGCAACCAUUUGAUGGAGCAAAUACCUCUCACCUCGAUUUCUUUAGCGACAUGUGGGAUAUCAUCCAAUAGGGAGACAGCAGCAGUCAUUUAUUCCCUGACAUUUACUCCAAACUUGGAUUACACAUUUAUCUGCAUCUGGUACUCUUGCAAGGUCAAUUGCAAGCAAUUUUCAAUGAUUGUGUUGUUGCAGAGCUGUAACUUGCAUCUCUACCUGCAGUUUUAAUGCAAAUUGAACCAUUUGCAAAUCUAACUUGUAUAUCAGAAGAUUUACUCAUAUCUUCUCUUCAUUUGCCUUCCUUUUGGCCAUUUAUUUAUUGUGCCUGUGUUAUUUUGCAUC